CGUGUAACAGCGGCUCCUCUGGUGGUGACGUGUCUCUCCGGCUCCCUCUUUCCUCUCGGAGCGGCUGAUGGAGCCACACUGACUCCACUGAGCGGUCGACCUGAAGCCAGCAACACGGGAGUUGGGUAACGGAAGCCAUGGGGAUUAAAUUUCUGGAAGUUAUCAAGCCUUUCUGUGCAGUCCUGCCAGAAAUUCAGAAACCAGAAAGAAAGAUCCAGUUUAGAGAAAAAGUAUUAUGGACUGCCAUCACCCUGUUCAUCUUCUUGGUGUGCUGCCAGAUUCCCCUGUUUGGCAUCAUGUCAUCAGACUCAGCGGAUCCUUUCUACUGGAUGAGAGUAAUAUUGGCUUCCAACAGAGGUACUCUUAUGGAGCUGGGUAUAUCGCCCAUCGUCACCUCAGGCCUCAUCAUGCAGCUGCUGGCUGGUGCCAAAAUCAUUGAGGUGGGAGACACCCCAAAGGACAGAGCCCUCUUCAACGGAGCUCAGAAAUUGUUUGGAAUGAUCAUCACCAUUGGACAGGCCAUUGUUUAUGUAAUGACUGGGAUGUAUGGAGACCCUUCAGAGAUGGGGGCUGGGAUCUGCCUGCUCAUCAUCAUUCAGCUCUUUGUCGCAGGUCUGAUCGUCCUGUUGCUGGACGAGCUCCUUCAGAAGGGCUACGGUCUGGGUUCGGGUAUUUCCCUUUUCAUUGCCACCAACAUCUGUGAGACUAUUGUUUGGAAGGCCUUCAGUCCCACAACUGUCAACACAGGAAGAGGCACUGAGUUUGAGGGGGCCAUCAUCGCUCUCUUCCACCUGCUGGCGACCCGCACUGACAAAAUCCGUGCCUUGAGAGAAGCCUUCUACAGACAGAACCUGCCCAACCUGAUGAACCUCAUCGCCACCGUCUUUGUGUUCGCCGUGGUCAUAUAUUUCCAGGGCUUCAGAGUGGACCUGCCAAUCAAAUCAGCUCGCUAUCGUGGUCAAUACAACACGUACCCCAUCAAGCUGUUCUACACCUCCAACAUCCCCAUCAUCCUGCAGUCUGCCCUGGUGUCCAAUCUCUAUGUGAUCUCUCAGAUGCUGUCAACGCGUUUCAGCGGCAACUUUUUGGUGAACCUCUUAGGAACCUGGUCUGACACUUCCAGUGGAGGACCUGCUCGAGCCUACCCAGUGGGCGGUCUCUGUUACUACCUCUCUCCGCCAGAGUCAUUUGGUUCCGUACUGGACGACCCGGUCCAUGCCGCCAUUUACAUAGUCUUCAUGCUCGGCUCCUGCGCCUUCUUCUCCAAAACCUGGAUUGAGGUUUCCGGAUCUUCUGCCAAAGACGUGGCAAAGCAGCUGAAGGAGCAGCAGAUGGUGAUGAGAGGACACAGAGAGACUUCCAUGGUGCACGAACUCAACAGGUAUAUCCCUACAGCCGCUGCAUUCGGUGGCCUCUGUAUAGGCGGCUUGUCUGUCAUGGCGGACUUUCUCGGUGCCAUCGGUUCGGGGACAGGAAUCCUCUUGGCUGUAACCAUCAUCUACCAGUACUUUGAGAUCUUUGUCAAAGAGCAAAGUGAAGUUGGCAGUAUGGGAGCACUUCUCUUCUGAAUUUAAGUCAAUAAAAUGGCAACGUUCUGACACACCAGACUCAAAGAAAUACCCCUGAUUAUGUUUAUUUUAUUUUGUUUUUUUGCAGUUUAUUCAUUGUAAUGUUUGCAGCUGGGAUAGAUGUUUUUACUCUAUCGCCUUUGUUCUCCACCAAACUGUUCACUUGGAAAAACUGUGAUUCUUCCCAGAUUUGAGCUUGGUAAGGAGUCUCUUCAGUCCUUUUAGUCCGAUCGCAGUUCGCCAUCCGUCUGCAGGCUGCCUAAAUCCCCACAGACAACCGUGUCAAAGCACACGGCCGCGAGCGUCUGUCUUUGACUCACCUCGGGCCUUUGUUUUUUUUUGUAGCUUCUUUGAAGAACACUAAGACGCGACAGCUGACAGCAAAGCGCUGGAGGGUUUCAGCGCUUUGGUAGACGGCAGUGACAUGUUCUAACCUGCGGUUUUUGGAGGCCUCGAUUAGGAUGUGAAAAGGAGAAAAACACGUCAUGUUUGUGUUAUUGUCAGAGCAGCGUUGUGACUUUACCAUUUACAAUCACAGACAGUGAUGUUUAUGCUAGUCCUGCAUUGGGCGUGGUGUUAUUUUCUGCCACCUGGUCCUUAAAGGACAAUGUUUCUCAAUGUCAAUGUGCUUUAUUCUGCUGCAGAAUACCGGUCAGGAUGAGGAUGGAUUUGAUUGGUCUGAAAGGUUUUUUUUUUCUUCUUUUUACUUUAUGUAAGACAUAAUUGUGUUAUUAAAGAAGUGUUUUCCAACA